GAUCUUCAAGAGCAGCAAGUCAAGAAUCAAAGAACCAUGUCUUGGAGGAAUCAGAACCAACUGUGUAUGCAAUGCCAAUAAAGAAGCGAGCGGUGGUAUCACCUUUCAUUAAAGAGUCUGCAACUGUCACAGCAGAACGGCAGCCAUCAAUGGUCCUAGCAAACGUGCAUCCAUUAGACUCUUCGCCAACUAACCCAACCGAAUGUCCUCUUUACUCGAAUUUGUCUCAAGCUGAGACCAACAUGGCCUCUCAGGGCGUCAAGCUUGACGAGUCUGAGUUACUAUGCGAGGAAGAUGCACAAGCAAUGUAUGCCACACCAGUAAAGACUACAACGCCAAAUUCACAGCCCGAAAUCGAGUACGACAAUACGUUAACAGUUACGCAGCAAUCGAGCCAGGAAGGCUACGACGUGGCAGCUCCUCACAUUACUCAUUCAACUGCCCGUUCUUCAAAUACGAGACACAAAGACAGCGCCGCAAUGUCGUCGACUUUGGAGUAUGCUGAGUUGCAGUUAGGAAACAAUCCGGUGGGCCCUGCAGUUCCAUCUGCUGCUACUGUCACGUAUGCUAGCAUACAAACAUAACUAUGAAGUUCACUCUUGGCUAAGACGUUUAGCUAACAAGACUUUUGAGUCGGUUCUUUAACGAUUAUGCAAAAAUUUGCGCAAUUUUGAAAUAUAAGUGAAAUUUGUUGCCAUGGGUUAACUCCAGGGUACUCAUUUUCAUGAUCUUUGCUUGAAUUUUCAGACUCCGAC